AUGGGCUCGUCUACCCUGAAUGGCGAGCCGAUACACUCAAUGCUCCUGAAGACUCGCCUCUGUCCCAAUGGACAUACCCUUGUACAAGGCACCUCUGCCUACCUUGACAAAGUUCUCAUUGCUGAUAUGUACAUAGGCGCCGGUGCCGAUUUCGGAUCGGGAAAUAUCACCGAAUGGCCUCUGGAAGGAGGAUCCAUCCAGCUUGACCUUCACCACGCCUGGACCUACGUCUUCCUGAACCUCGGUCUUGGGGAGAACACGACUGACUUCAACAUCACCCUCACGCACCACCAGCUCAUGAACACCACCGGCAAGGGCCAACUCUGCUUGGACGAUAUCCGCCUGCCCGACAACAGCAAUGUCACCCAGGGUGCCGUGGGGACCCUCCAGGUCGUCACUGUUGGUGACACGGGAAGCGCUCUGUACAAUUGCGCCGACAUCCGCUUCACGGCCAAUGCUACCAAGGCGCCUACCUGCAACAACACCGUGCAGCACAGUUUCGUCCAGACCGGGGGUAACAGCAGCGGCAACAGCGGCAACAACAGCACACAGAGCGGCAAUGACAAGGGAGCCGCUGGCAUCCUGGGUGUCAACAUGCUCUCGGUGACCACCUUCACUGCAUUGGCGGCUGUCUUUGCUAUGGGACUGGGCAUGUAA